AUGAACGGUUCGCGUCCCAGCAGUGGUGCCAGUGGCCCCCUCGGUUUCGGCUUCUUGGGUGCCAAAUGGCCCAGAAUCUUCUUCCUCAUUACCCUCGUCCAGGCUUUGCUUUGCUUGGGCUUUGAGUGUUACGUCUUCUGGAAAUUCCAGACUGGUUUGACCGACCAGGACCCUCACCAAAAUACAGAUACCACGGAUGCGACCGACUCACCGAGGCGGACAAUCCCGACUUUCCUGACGCUCUUCAUCUUUGGAUUCUUGUACGAAUUGGUUAUCGUUUGGGAUGCGCUCCGGGCAAAGAACACCAUCCAGGUUAUCGGAGUGUGCAUCGCCAACCUCGCUUUACUGGUCUACACUGCCAUUCAGGUCGAACAGAUUGAGGAGGCUGUACAGCAGCUGAAGGACAACAAUGCCCUCAAGGACCCGACCGACGACAUGUGGGCCGAUGUCAAGCCUUACCUGGUUGCAAGCCCCUGCGUCCUGGCUUUUGGAACCAUCACCAUGGCCUUGACUGCCUGGAAGCUCUAUCAAGUCUUCGCUUGGGACAUUCUGAAGACUAUAGGAGCCGACUACAGAAUGAAGAAGCGUUUCCUCCACUACCAGAUUUAUAUCGCACUCCUGAAGUUCGAUUUCUUCUUUUUCCUCGGUUUCACGGUUCAGUUCUUGGUUAUUGUCAACGCCCGUACCGACGCUGAAUUUGGAUUGACCAUUGCUGCGAUUCCGAUUACCAUUGCCAUUUUACUUCUGGCCGCAUGGUUCACCAGAAUCGAGAAUAAGGUCGGCAUGGCGACUGUUCUCGUCCUCUACUUUGGCGGCUUGAGCUAUUUUAUUUUCAAGCUCGUCCGUAUCUACCAGCCACACACGGCCGAGCAGUACAUGCCGGUGCGGAAGUCGCUCACUGCCUUCACCGUCAUCACUAUUCUCCUCAUCAUCUGCACCAUCGCCAACUGCGUCGUCUGCAUGCGCAACUUUGGAGCCGGCCUGAAGACUCACCUGCGGAAGCCGUCUCGCGACCUCGAGAAGAGCCAGGACCUCAACUCGAUCAACCUGCAGGACGUCAAGCCACAAAUUGCGAGCAGAAUGACGAUUGAUUGA